ACCACUAUCUUUUCGAUUCGUGCUAUCGAUAGCUCAUAUAAAAUAAACACAAUUUUAUGAAAAUUUAUUUUUUCGAUCAAAAAAUGAGAUGCGCGGUGAUCAAUUGCCAAUAUGCCACAAUGGCCCCAACUAAAAAGGAGCAAAUAUGUUUCUUUAAGUUUCCGAGGAACGCUGAUUUAGCCAAACGUUGGCUAUCAUUCAGCGGCAAUAAGGAUGCCCUCAAAGUGAAGAAUGCCAGUAUUUGCAUGAAACAUUUCAAAGACGAGGAUAUCUUGGGGUCUAGAAAGUUCGAAAUGGGAUUGGCCAAGAAGAGGACAGCGCGACCAGGCGCAGUGCCGUGCAUAAACCCCGGCACCGAUAGCGCGUCGGAAAGGGCUCGAAAAGAAGAAACCCAUAUCCGAAAGAGACUAUUGGCCGAGCUUCUGGCGGAUGCCGAGGAAACGGACAUGUCCCAGGAGGACACUGAACCCACUCCUAGCUAUGACCGCUAUCGUACCGACCCGGCUAGCGUCAGUCCGUCGCACAUUGAAGAAAAUGCCUACCUUCAGACAAUUUCACAUGAAGAUUGUCCCGAAGCUGAUGCUGAUGAUGCCGAAGAAACCCAAGAGAGCUUGAUGCAGCAGCUCAAUAAGUGUCGUACUUGCUAUCGGGACUUUGAGUUUGAUUUGAAUGCCGAAGAUCCCUUCGACAACGCCAACAGCGUUUUGCUGUUUCGCAUCGAAGUCAUUUGCGGUGUCUGGCUUAGCAAUAUCGAAGGCGGACCACGUUUCAUGUGUCCGGACUGUCAGUUGUCCCUAAAGAAUGCAAUCGAAUUCCGUGAGAUGGUCAUAAGUACCGAGGUGUUGCUAACGCAGGGGAUGCCCGUGUGUGAUAAGCCAGAAAUCGAAAUAGAGUUGGAGUCAACAGAGCAGGAUCAAAGAACAACCGAGUGGACAACGGAUUCCGUAUCGACUAAAAUGGAUGAAGAUGUCGACGACGACGAAGAAACACGAUAUGAAGACACUUAUGAUGCAUCGCCUAGCCCUGUGCAUAGCACUAACUCUAAUCAGAUGGAAAUAAUAGAGCCCAUUGAGGAAGAUAUCAACGUUGCUAGAGCAAAUAAUUCAAUCAGCCGUGGCCGUGGUGCCAAGAAUCUUAACGAACUAUUAAGCGAAAGAACAAGAUUUGUCACAAAAGCGGACACACCAGCCAAGAUACAGCCGAAGCCAAGGAAAAUGAAGAUCCAGGAAAUACUACAAGAUGAUGACGAGGAGGAUGAAACCAAUUCUAAAGUUGUGCCCCUUAGCGCCUUUGAGAGGAAAAAUAGAUCCAUGGCAAAAACAUCUUGACAGCAAACCCCACAAAGAGGUAGCCAAGAGUUUUGACUUGACGCACUUGAAUAUAAUUAUUAACCAUAAUAGUACUCCUCAAAUUAAUUUGUAUUGUGGGGUUUUAUUAACGUUGAAUAAUAUUUGUAUGUAAAUUUCAAACUAUUAACACAUUUGGAAUAAGAAAUACGAGUGAAUAUUCUAUUGGUUAA